AUGCUUUCCAAAGUAGCUCUCCUCGCCGUCCUGGCGGCUCUUGCCCAAGGCAACCCGGUCCGCAACAGUAUCCAGGCUCGUCAGAAGGGAUGCAACGGUGACAACCUCCUCAACCGCUUCCGUGGCGCCCAGUACAGCAGUCAGGCGCAGGAGUUCUGUGCCACCUUUGCCGGCCCUGUCGUGACGGCCACCAUCACCGCCGCCGCCGAGUCCAUCCCUAUGGACCAGGCGGCCUCUCGCUCCUACCCGUCGCCCCUGUUCAACACCAGGUUCCCCAUGACGUACCAGGAGGAGCGCGUGUCGAGCGCCUGCCACUGCGUCCCGCACUCGACCGUCACCCGCACCCACACCAACUGGGUCGCUGAGGUCACGCCGACGGACACGACCACGAGCAGCAGCUCUGCCUCCGAGACCGACUCCGUGUCGUCUCCCAGCGUGACGGAGUCUGUUAGCUCCUCCUCGUCCUCGUCCUCGACAUCUGCAGAUUCGGAUGCUGCCUCUACAUCCACUUCAUCUACUGAUUCGGCUUCCAUUACCGACUCGGCCACUGUUACCGAUUCUGCCUCUACCACCUCGUCCACUUCGACUUCUGUCACGUCCGCCGAUUCCACCUCUUCCACUUCCACUUCCUCUGCCCCGGCCGGCCCCACGGCCACCCACAACUGCUGGAAGGAGCCCGAAGGCAAGCGUGCGUUGCAGGGCCCCUCGACUGUCGACGCCGGCAUGACCGUGGCAAUGUGUGCCGACUUUUGCCGGGACUACACGUACUACGGAGUCGAGUACGCGUCCGAGUGCUACUGCGGCAACGAGGUCGUCGCGGGCGCGUUCCCCGUGGGCAGCUCCGCCGAGUGCUCCACGCCCUGCAGCGGCAAGCCCGACGAGAUGUGCGGCGGCAACCUGAGGCUGAACCUGUACACGGCCUCGGGCCCGGCGUACUCGGUGCCCGGCCGCCCCAUGGCCUCGGAGGUGACGGGCGCCUUUACCCGCAAGGGCUGCUUCCGUGAGCCCGGCGGCGGCCGCAUCCUGAGCCAGGGCUGGGACAGCAACUCGAUGACCAAGGACGUGUGCCUCUACUCGUGCGCCGUCAACGGCUUUACCUACGCCGGGGUCGAGUGGGGGCGCGAGUGCUGGUGCGACAACCAGAUGAACAACGCCACCCCGCUGGCCGACGAGUUCUGCCAGCUGCCCCUGGCAACGCGGUGCUCCGGCAACCCCGACGCGCCGUGUGGAGGGGACGUCACCAUCGAGAUCUUUUCCACUACCGGAUAG